AUGGGCAGCUAUCGGCCGGCUCCGCGCCGACAACAACAUGAUACCUGGCGCCCUUCAGAUCGAGCAUCCGGCCGCGGCCGUGACAAUGAGCGUGAAAGAAGUGGCGAUGACAAUCGUAAUCGUGCUUCUGCUCGAGAACAACCUAAGAAGUUGGCACCAGUCAGGUCGGGCGUGAGCAAGUCGAAGAAGGAACGUCAAAACAACCGCUCAACGCGAAUCCACUCCCUCCGCAACCUCUUGGGCAAGAAGGCCGACUUGCCCAUGACUGUUCGUCAUGAGAAGGAGCGGGAACUGGCUGCUCUACUUCUGGAGCAGGAGAAAGCCGAGGUCACCCAGAAUGCUAGAAGAAAUCUGCAACGCUAUCAUUUUGUCCGUUUCAUGGAGCGCCAGAAGGCUACAAGGGCCCUGAAGAAACUUGUCAAGCUGCGAUCGUCGCCUUCAUACAAGGAUGAAUACAAGAAGAAGCUGGAAAAUAUGAUCCACGAGGCCGAGGUGGAUGUGGCAUACACUCAGUAUGCGCCACUAGGAGAAAAGUACAUCAGUUUGUACGUGGGAGGAGAGAGCCAAGUUGACAAAAAAGAGGUGGCCAAGAAAACCUACGCCAUACUGGACACAAGCCAGCGUGACGAGUUUCGUGCCAUUUCCGACGAGCUGGCCCAAAUCGUUCGGACAGCGUCUGGUGUCAAACCCCCAUUGUGGUAUGAAGUCGAGAAGUACAUGGCUGAAGGCCAAGACAAAUUGAAUGCUCUUCGAGAAGGGAGAUUGACGGCGCAUAAAGUGGACAAAGAGCUCACGAGCGUUGGGGGCAAGGAACAAGCAUCUCUGCGGAGGCUGCAACAGCAUACGUCCGAGGCAAAGCCAUCAUGGCUCGACGAUGAUGGUAUGAUUGAUCCGGCUGAUUUAGAUAGCGAAGACGACGAGCAGCCCGGUGGCGUCCAAAUAAGACGAAACCACGAUGACGCAGACGACGACGAAGACAUGAGUGAUGGCGGAUUUUUCGAACGCUGA